UUUACCAAGAAUCAGGAAGUACUAUGAGAUCAGCAUUCGAUUUUAAAAAUGUUGUUUUGAGUAUGGGACUUUGUAUUUUAGGUAUCUGAUUGGAAACUAUUCUUUGUCAGAAUUGCCUUGCUGAGUUAUUUGCUGUAUUGAGCUUCUUCAUCAUUUGGGAUGAUAAUGGGUACUAAUAGCACAACUAAUUUAUCACCGAGCACUAAGAUUGCUUUAGCAUUUUUAAUGACCUUACUAGCUUUUGCCAUAACGCUAGGAAAUGCUGUGGUCAUUUUAGCUUUUGUCGUGGACAAAAACCUUAGACAUCGAAGUAAUUACUUUUUUCUUAACUUGGCCAUUUCUGACUUCUUUGUGGGUGCAAUCUCUAUUCCCUUGUACAUUCCUUAUGUACUAUUUGAGUGGAAGUUUGGAAGUCAGAUCUGUGCAUUUUGGCUCAUUGUUGACUAUCUUUUGUGUACAGCAUCUGUGUAUAACAUUGUCCUCAUCAGCUAUGAUCGAUAUUUGUCAGUCUCAAAUGCUGUGUCUUAUAGAGCCAAAAAAACUGGGAUCUGGAAGAUUGUGGCUCUGAUGGGGGCUGUCUGGGUGCUGGCCUUUAUAGUGCAUGGCCCCCUAAUUCUAGCAUUAGAGUCUUGGAAGGAAGAGAAGAUGCAAUGUGAACCUGGUUUUCUUUCAAAAUGGUAUAUCCUCAUCCUCACGUUAGCCUUUGAAUUCCUGGUCCCAGUCAUCUCGGUGGUGUAUUUUAACAUGUACAUUUAUUGGAGCCUGUGGAAACGUGGUAGUAUCAUUCGGUGCCCAAGCCACACUGCCCUCCCUUCUCCUGUCUCUUCCAGCAGCUGUGGAAACUCACUCAUAUGUGGACUAUUUUCAAGGACAUCUCUUCCUGAACCAGAGGAGACAGAAGUGUCCCUUCAUUCAGGGAAACAGCGAAGAAAGAGCAGUCUCUUUUUUUCCCUAAGAACCCAGAUGAGUCACAGUAUAACUGCUUCCAAGACAUGUUCCCUCUCCCACUCAGAUUCUGUAGCUCUUCACCAAAGAGAACAUCUUGAACUGCUCAGAGCCAAGAAGUUAGCCAAGUCACUGGCUGUGCUCUUAGGUGUUUUUGCCAUUUGCUGGGCUCCAUAUUCUCUGUUCACAUUUGUUCUCUCAAUUUACCCCCCAGACAAACGUCCUAAGUCAUAUUGGUUGGAUAUUACAUUUUGGCUUCAGUGGUUCAACUCCUUUGUCAAUCCUUUUUUAUAUCCAUUGUGUCACAAGCGUUUUCAAAAGGCUUUCUUGAAAAUAUUUUGUAUGAAAAAACAAGCCAUGCUGUCACAAAAUCGGUCAACAUCAUCGUAAAAAUAAUUUUCUAAUUUAAUCCUUCCUAAGUUAAUUCAAUCUAGCUUUCAUUUUGUCUUUCCACUCCACCAGAAAAGUCCUUAAAACGGUAACAUUUGGAAAGUUAAAAAUUUUAACCUGAAAGUAAAUGGAAAAUUAUUCUGAUGAUUAUCAACAGUAUAAUUAUAAAUUGACAACAGUAUAUUUUGUAAAAUUGUAGCCACAAAGUUUUAGCUUAGUCAUCAACUCUUCCUUGCCUUUUAGAUCUUGAUAUAACAUUGGCUGUGAAAGUCAGGAGGUUUCGUUUUCUAUGUUCAGUGUUUGCUACAUUCUUCAAUGAAUUUCCCUUUUUAUUUUAUAGUAAUGAAAACUGGUCAUUUAAAAAUUAUUCCCUAAGGUAUACAAUAGAGAAAAGAAUUAGGUUGCCUGAAUAUAAAGAAGACUUCCUCUUU